AUGGAUGAAGUCAAAAUAGGUAAACAGCGCAGAGUGGUGCUGAAACAGCUUGGCGGAGGUGAACGAUCCGGCAAAAACACAGUAGAUGUACAGGUAAAAGAAGGCGACGCGUCGUCUCGUCGUUCGAUCGAUUUGCAGUUGGAAGGUGGCACUCGUAUCCGAUCGCGAGCGAAUACAUUAGAACUCAAAGUCAAUGGAGAAGUAAUGAAAAAAUCAACCUCUGAGGAUUCGAGGCAGUCGUCUCCUCGUGGUUCAAAAACUCUAUCGAUAAUUCGCCAUGACUCCACAAAUGGCUCACUUGCCAAUCUGCCCAAUUCCGAAAAUCGACAAAAUUUGACUAUUGAUAACAGCCAGGCAUGGUCGGCAUUCAAUCCUAAGCGUCAAUUCUACGUUCUCAAAGCAUUUUUCAUUUUGCUGUGCUUCGUCGAUAUCAUGCAUUGGGCAUAUCUUCUGAGGGAUGACACCGUGGAAAAUCCGAACUCUUGGCGAUUUUAUAAGAAAUUCCAGAGCUUUGACGUAUACUACCUGGUUGCUAGAAUGUUCGGCGACAUCUUCACAUGCGUGCUUGGCCUCGGUGCGGCCAUGUGGACGCGCAAACCAAUUCUGACUCUUCCAUGCACAAUGAUACAAUUACUCUUCUUGCUAAUCAGGGCAGUCGUGUGGACAGUGCGUGGAUACAACCGAGCGUUGCUGCGGGUCGAAUCUACUAGUGAAGAUAAGAUUUUUGUGGCCUGCGAGUUUAUACUGCCCGCCGUAUGGGCUAUCCUCUCCGUGUUGAUCGUGCACACUAUGAAGCAGCUACGUUCUUACGAGCAACUGCAUGGCUAUGCGCAUCCUCCGGUUAUCGUGCUCACUGUCAAAAACGACGACAACGACGAAAGUGUACAGAUUGAAAUAGCAUAGAUUACGACGGUUAUUUUUAAGUCUCUAUAAUCGCAAUACUCGACACACUUGCUCAUCAUUCAUAUCAAACAAGGGUAAAACAACGAUUCUAUGUUAGCACUCUGAAACUUCGAACUUCACAAACUUUUAUUAUGUCUGAAUGUGUUCAUUGUAAUUGAUGUGUAAUAUGGAUAGAAAUGAAUUCUAGCAAGCAUAG